CAUACAUAGGUAUGUAUGUAUGUAUACGCUGCUGAGUCAGAGCCCAGCAAGGGAAAAAUGAUCGUCCCGCGGAAUUUUCUCUGUUUUUCUAUAUUUGCCGUGUUAUUGUCAAGCCGGUGUGUAAGCAGUGUUAAGGAUGGCUCGGUGUCGCUUAGCGAGGACAAUUGGGAUCAGAUUUUGGUCGGAGAAUGGAUGGUAGAAUUCUAUGCACCUUGGUGUCCAGCUUGCAAAGCAUUGGAGCCGGUUUGGGAGAGCUUUGCACUUCGACAAGGCCAUCUGGGAAUCUCAGUGGGCAAAGUUGACGUGACCAACUCCCCAGGACUAAGCGGAAGAUUCAUGGUCACUGCCCUGCCCACGAUAUACCAUGCAAAGGAUGGCAUAUUCCGGCAGUAUAAAAGUCCUCGAGACAAGGAAUCUCUCGUUGCGUUUGUUAUGGAUAAAAAAUGGGCACAGCUUGAGCCAAUUUCCAGCUGGAAGAGUCCUAACUCGAUGCAAAUGUCUGUGAUCAGCUAUUUUUUCAAACUCUCGCAAAUACUCAGGGGAAUGCACAAUAAACUAAUGGAGGACUACGGCUUGCCAACCUGGGGAAGUUAUCUGAUUUUUUCAAUAGCCACUAUUAUCCUGGGUGCAGUUUUAGGACUCUUGAUCGUCUGUCUCAUUGACUUGAUCUAUCCCCCCAAGCCAAUAUCCUUCUCGGACAAGAAAAAGCAAAAAGAUGGAUCUGGUGGAUUCAUGCAAGAAAAAUCUCCAGGAGACGAAGAGUUGGUGAAAAACGUCAAAGAUGAUUUGGUAGACGAAGAUGCCAGUGGAUCUGAUGGUCAAGAAGAGCAACAAGACGACGAUAAAAAAAGCACAUCUAACAGCCCGAAUGUUCGCAAGCGGAAGCCUCGCAAGGCCGACUAGAUUCUAUAGCUACUAAAAAAUUGAGAUUACCGAAUAUCCAUCUAGCUAGGCUAUGGAUCUGAAUACUGACCGCAACAAAGACUACAAUUUCGUUAGUAUUUGUUGUUUUAAAUUGUUUCGUUUCUUUUUUUAAAUCGUGCUCGUAAAUUGCAAUGUAACUCAAUAACCCAGCUCUCCCGUAAAUUUGUCGUUGAUUGAAUGUUUGAACCGUAUUUGAGUAGAAUUUUUACACGGGUGCCUGCUAUAAAAUUACAAUCAAUUUCUUCUUAACUUGUGUUAUAUGAUGUGAAAUUUGACAUGGUGUUCAGAGGCGAAAAAUCAAUUCUGUAAAUAGCUCCCAGGUAGCUCUGUCCUAAAUACAUACCUAAGUAGGUAGUUAUCGUACACUUUGCCAAAUUUCUUUACACCAACGGGACAAGUAUAACCCUUGACAAUUUUACCAUGGCAUUAGCAGUUAAUCAUUUUAAAUCACAAUCGGAUGCUGAAAUCAUUCACGGAGGCACCUGAAACAUCUACUCAUUGAUAAUAUACAGUGUAUCGUUGGUUUGAUUUAAGUCUUCCACACAUCAUUUCACGGAGUAUCGAUACGGAUGUAUCGAUUGUGUCGAGGUCUGCACAUAGGGAUAAGAUGAGUUGAUAAUUAACGCAUACCGAUGUAAAAUUUUAAGAUAAAUUAAUUUAAUUAUAGUUUUUUGCACGAUCUAACUAUUGAAUGAAGGUAUAAUUCACGUAUCUCGAUACACUGUUAUCGACAUUACAUCCUUCUUUGAUAUGUACUUCGACUACAUUCCUGCUGACGAUUAAUAAUUAUUGAAUUACACUUUUUCCGUUGGAAUAUCAGGUGAUAAUAAUAUCUAUGGCAUUGUAGAGAAAUUUGUAAUAUUCAGGGUGGCUGAAACUUGUGUAACACAGACUGCCGAAGAAAAAAUGAAUAAAACUAACUGGAAUGAA